AUGUUCGUUUGUUUGGCCGCUAUAUCUGCCACGAGUGGUGGAGUAGUUACAACUGUCGCCUAUCACCGGGGCAACCCAAGAUCAUUUCCUGCUGACCAUAGGAGCUUUCGAUAAGGAUAAAAUCAUAAUAUAGAUUUGAACGGACUCAAGAUGGCACUUGCUCUGACGAGGGAAAGGAGGAAGACGGCGGGAAACCGCAUGAACAAACUGAUCACAGAGGAAGAAGAGGAUGACUUUUAUUCCACCACCUAUGGAGGCUUUAACGAAGAGGAGGAGGAUAAGGACUACGAGUCGGAGAAGGAGGUCGAGGACGUGGUCGACUCAGAUUUCGACAUUGACGAGACGGACGAAGUCAAGUCGGACCAGGAGGAUGCCGACAGCAAGCGGCCCCGUCGCGCGCAGAAGGGCGUCGUCACCAAAGCGUACAAGGAACCUGUCAAAAAGAAGCCAGCGGCGGCAUCUUCAAGCACACCAACGUCAAAGGCAGAUAAAGAAGCGAAGAAGAAGAAAAAGAAGAAAUUAGCGAAGAAAGCGAGCGCUGGUAUCGUGGCGGCGCGGCGGCGCUCCACGCUGGCCAAGUCGGCCGAGACGGCCCGCCGCCAGAGGGAGCGCGAGCUGACCGAGAGGCGCCGGGUGCCGCGCCAGUCCCAGCCGGAGAGGAAGAUGACACAGGAGGAAAUACUCGAGGAGGCCAAACAGACCGAGAAGGAGAACCUCAAGGCGCUCGAGAAGUACCUUCUUUUGGAGAUUGAGAAGAAGAAGGUGAAGCCGAUCAAGAAGGAGUACACGGGCCCGAUGAUACGCUACCACUCGGUGCGGAUGCCGCUCAUCGAGGAGGUGCCCGUCGUCGAGCCGCCCACGCCCAUCCAGGGGGACAUGAGGCUCGACGAUAUCCAGAUCGAGUUCUCUGAGCCUGCGGCGGUGCUGCCGGUCCCCGAGGUCAAGUACGAGUCCAAGAUGGUCGGACACUGCGAGCGCACCUUCAUAUCGUUCUCCGAGCCGUCCAUGCUAGAGAAGUAUUUCCCCAGCGACAAGCCCAAGCCCCGGCAGCGUAACAUCUGUCCCAUCACCAGGCUGCCUGCGCGGUAUUUCGACCCCAUCACGCGACUACCGUACGCCAACCUGCAAGCCAUCAAGGUGCUACGGGAGGCGUACUACCAGCAACUGGAGCUCAAAGGAAACAGAAAUGUACCCGAGGUGGCUCGCUGGAUCAAGUGGCGGCAGCAGCAGAAGGAGAGGCGCGCUCAGCUGCUGGCACAGCGUCGGCAGAUGGCAGCUGCCGCCGCCGCCGCCUCGGCCAAAAAGUGACCCCGCCGCCACCCCUGACCGCCCUCUGCCGGUCCGCUGAGCCGCCCGCCCGAGCGUCAGGGGCCCGCGUCUGCGCGGGGCUCAGCAGAUCCGAGACACUUCCCUCAUCAUGUGGUUCGACCACGCCUAAUGUGUACAUAUUGUAUUACCAGGUGCUCAUUUUGUAUCAUCGAACUUAUCAUGUUCGUUCACAUGGCAGUAUGUUUUGUAUGGCGAAGUAACAAUACACUUGUUGCUAAAA